AUGAAGGUGAAGGUGUGUGUAGGCCUCAUCCUCGCCCUCGUCGCCAUCCCCUGCCUGUGCCGGCCCGCGGCAGAGACACCAGACGCUGGGGGAGACCUGCACCAGCCCCCCGGCAGCCUGGCCCGGCGGGACUGGCCUGAGUCCCUGUCCCAGGAGCAGAAGCACCUCAUCUCCCGCUUCCUGCCCCACGUCCUCGCAGAGCUGAGAGACCUCAAGGGCUACAUGCAUGGGGACAAGGGGAUGGAGGCGCUGCACGACCACUACUACCCCGACUGGAUGGACUUCGGCCGCCGCAGCACUGAGGACUCUGCUGAUGCCGUGUAG